AUGGGAUCCACUACAUACCGAAAGGCAGCUACACUGGAUGAACUUUUGUACACGUGCAUUGAUAUGUUUGAUGAGAGGGGUUUUCUACAUAACAACAAUUUGUUACCACGAAUUGUUUUGUUAAUGCAUCGUUGGUAUUUGUCUUCUACUGAACUUGCUGGAAAACUUCUCUCAAUAUAUCAAAAUGCUACUGGUGAAAACUGUGAUAUAUUGCGACUGAAGACAUGUCACUUUAUGAGAUACUGGAUUUUAGAAUUUCCUGCUGAGUUUAAUUUGGAUCUGGGAUUGAUAAGGUUGAUGGAAGAAUUUAGAGAACUGGCAAGCCAACUAGGACAUGAAGAACACAUUAAUCUUAUAGAUAUCUCCAGCAUCCCAUCUUAUGACUGGAUGCGAAGAGUCACACAGAGGAAAAAAACAUCAAAGAAGGGAAAGGUUUGCCUUCUGUUUGACCAUCUGGAGCCUGUGGAGCUGGCAGAACACCUAACAUUUCUAGAAUAUAAAGCUUUCCGAAGAAUAUCUUUUACAGAUUAUCAAAGUUACGUAAUUCAUGGCUCCCUAGUGGACAACCCAACUUUGGAGCGCUCCAUAGCUCUAUUCAAUGGAAUCUCGAAAUGGGUACAGCUUAUGGUUCUGAGCAAGCCAACUCCACAGCAAAGAGCGGAGGUUAUUACCAAGUAUAUUAAUGUUGCCGAGAAAUUAUUGGAUCUUCAAAACUUUAACACUCUGAUGGCAGUUGUUGGUGGACUAAGUCAUAGCUCCAUAUCUCGUCUUAAAGAUACUCAUGCACAUCUGACUUCUGAUGUUACAAAGGUGUGGAAUGAAAUGACAGAGCUGGUCUCGUCUAAUGGAAACUAUUGUAGUUAUCGCAAAGCGUUUGCUGAGUGUCACGGGUUUAAAAUCCCCAUUCUAGGUGUUCACUUGAAAGACUUAAUAGCUGUACAUGUUGUUUUUCCUGACUGGGUGGAUGACAAUAAAGUAAACACUGUUAAAAUGCAGCAGUUAUAUGUUACUCUCAAUGAACUGGUUUCACUACAGAGUGCUUCACAUCACUUAGAAACAAGUAUGGAUUUAAUUAACCUCUUAACGUUAUCACUUGAUUUAUACCAUACGGAAGACGAUAUUUAUAAACUUUCACUUGUGCUUGAACCUAGGAAUCCAAAAUCGCCAACUUCCCCUACGACUCCCAAUAAACCGGAUGUACCCCUUGACUGGGCUUCUGCAGUGACCACAAAGCCUGACCCUACUAUUAUUAAUAAGCAUAUACGGAAAUUAGUUGAGUCUGUUUUUAGAAACUAUGACCAUGAUCAUGAUGGAUAUAUUUCUCAAGAGGACUUUGAAAGCAUUGCUGCUAACUUCCCAUUUCUGGACUCCUUCUGUGUUCUAGACAAGGACCAAGAUGGUCUUAUCAGCAAGGAUGAAAUGAUGGCCUACUUUCUUAGGGCUAAGUCUCAGUUUCAUUGCAAAAUGGGUCCUGGCUUUGUUCACAAUUUCCAGGAGAUGACAUAUUUAAAGCCAACUUUCUGCGAGCACUGUGCGGGAUUUCUGUGGGGUAUCAUCAAGCAAGGAUACAAGUGCAAAGAUUGUGGUGCUAACUGUCAUAAACAAUGCAAGGACCUCCUCGUGCUAGCUUGCCGGAAACUCUCUAGAGGAACGUCUAUUGGAAGUAGCCAUGGGUCCCUUCCAAGCAGUCCAUCUCUGGCUCCAGCACAAGAUGAAGUUUUUGACUUUCCUUCUCCUGGAAGACAAAAUCACGAUCUAGACGGACGGGCAAUAACUCUGGUCACUGGUUCUUCAAGGAAGAUUUCGGUGCGAUUGCAACGUUCAACAACCAGCCAAGCAACGCAAACAGAUCCUGUGUGGUCAGAUUCUGGAUGGAGUGAUACUGGUCCUCAUACAUUUCCUAAAAUGAAAACUAAAUUCUAUGGCAAGUCAGCAAAAAACAAGGGUUUUGCUAAAUGGGAGAAUGAAAAGCAAAACCUUCACCCCAACAUGGACAUUAUGGAAGUACAGGCUCUGGAACAACUUCAAGAUCAAAAUGGAACAGAAACGAGAAAUGAAUUGAGCAGUACAGAGGUAAUGCUA